AUGACCGGUAGACGCUCUUCGGCUCGCAUCGCCGCGCAGCACCCGAGCUCCCAGAGUUCGCAGACCUCUUCUCCCCCGCAUCCAAAGUCGUCGCCGGCUGGCAGGAAGCGCAAGAAUGAGGCGUCUGGCUCUUCACCGAGCGCAAAGCGAGGGAAGAAGGAUGCGCACCUCGAGCAGAAGACGCUGGAUGAGUCCCUGCCGCAGAAUGGAGCCCAUGAACAACCUGCACCGGAGAAGGCCGACCAAGAAAUGACCGAGCCAGAGCCAGCAAAGCCUGAAGAACCGCAGGCCGGAAAAGUCAAUGGUGACGCAACCGAGGCGAAGGAGCAGGAACAGGACGGGCACUCCAAAGAGGAGGAGAGUGCCGACAAGGAAAAGGAGCCUGAGACCGAAAGCGCCAAACCUGAAGCCUCAGAGCCCAAAGCGGAAGAGGCUGAAGAGGCCAAAGAUGCAGAGCCUGUAGCCGCAGAGGCCCAGGAGGAAACAAAACCCGCCGAGACGAAUGGCGACGCUGUUGAGCCCGGUGCACGCGAAGACGACGUCCCCUCCAGCAUCCUCGAAAAGGGCGUCAUCUACUUCUUCUUCCGUGCUCGGGUCAACGUGGACCACCCCGAGGAUGUCAAAGAUGUUGCGCGCUCUUACAUGGUCAUGCGCCCAAUUCCUCUGGACGCGAAACUCGGAGAUGGCCCCAUCGGCGACGAAGGAAAUUGUCGCCUUCUCGCUCUCCCCAAGAAGGUACUUCCCAAGAGCGGUAAGGACAGAUUCAUCACCUUUGUCGAGAAGUGCAAGACCAGCUUUGCGGAGCUCAAAGAAUCCUUCCUGGCCGGGGCAGAGUACGAGACCAAGACCGCUGGCACUAGACACACACCUCCCGCCACCCCACUUGCCGAGGGAGUCUACGCAAUCACGACCACGGGGCGCGAAUCACAUCUGGCCUACAUCAUCAAUAUUCCGGCCGAAAUUGGGGAGAUGCAGAAAGACUUUGGCCUCAAGCAGCGUGGAAGUUUCGUGACCAGUGUCAAGAACCCUCAGCAGCCCCCUCUGGGCAACCAGAAUGUGCCCAAGGGACCUGAGUACCCCCAAGAGAUUAUUGAUGAAUUCCGAAAUCUCCGGUGGAAGCCACUGGAGCCGAAAUACUUGGAUUAUGACAAUGCGCAAUUUCUGAUGAUUGGAGAGGACUAUGACAAGGCUACGGAACAGCGGCCUAAGGAUGAGCGGGAAAGCAAUGCUGCGCCUGAGGAGGAAAUGGAGAAGUUGGAGGGCGAAGAUGAGAUCCGGAUCAAACAUUUGAAAGGCGACGAUGCUGUCUUUACGGAUCUUGGAGUCACGUCAAAAGAACUCCCCCAGGUGUCGACUACUUGGUAG